ACAAACAAGACAUCUAAAAUAGCUACGUCUAUAUUGUAUUGCAAUUUAAAUUUGUUACAUUAUUUUCAAAGAUGUAUAAUGCUUCAAAGUCGUCGCUAAUUUGUUUGUUUCUAUCCCUGUGCAAUGGUUUUUCGAUGGGCUGUAGAUGGAUUGAUGAACGCCAAUUCAUAAUGCACAGUGCGUCCUCGCUGGGCUUUCUCGAUAUUAUGGGUGAGGAUAUUCCAAAAGACAGCGUGAAAAUAUUCUUCCCAGAGGACCUGUACAAGCAAGCUGACUGUUCACCAGCUGAUGAUCAAAUUUGGUUCAUCCUCCAAACCCUUGAUGAAAUCACUAAACUAUUCAGUGACAAAUGCUACUCUGUCUGGGGUGAGAAAACUGUGGAUAACUUUCUUGGAGUUCUCAGCAGCCAAGUUGAUGGCCUUCAGUCAUGUAUUACAAGCCAGAAGAAAAGGAGUAAGAAUCUGCAUAAGUACUUUAAGAGGCUAAAUAACGACAUCCUUAAAAGCAUGGAAUACAGUCCUCAUGCCUGGGAGAUGGUCAGGAAAGAAGUCAGGACACAUCUUAAAAGGCUAACCCUUUUGGGUUCAGCUCCAGACCGCUUGUGUAAUAAACUAGAAGUAAUGCAACAAUGAACUACAUUUUUGUAGUUACAUAUUAUCAACCUAAUUUAUUUCCACUUUUAUUUUUUUUAUAAUGUUUAUUUAUGGUUUCCAUAUCAAUAUAUGGUUUGUCAUCAGGUUUAAAUAUAUUAAUUUAUGUGGGUAUUUAUUCAUUUAUAUUUAUGAUAUAGUAAAUGGAAUUAUUUGUAUGUAGCAUAUCAUAUGCAUAAAAUUAUUGUUGUAUGUGUUUUUCUACUUAAUUAAAUGCAUUUUAGACUACGAAACUGGCACUCACAAUUUUUCUAAUUUGAUAAAAUUGUUAGAAAAAGUUGGAGCAAUUGCUUGUAAAUCAGGUUUACUUAAAUCAUAAAAUGGGCACUUCACCCUGGGGGACCAUAGUCGGUGUGCAUCAGAUCUGUGAGAUUUCUAGAUUAGGGUGAUUUGUUUCACACAUAACUGGCCAGGAGGAGCAAUGUUUAUUUUUUGCCCCCCAAAAAGCAAACAGUAUUAUGUCACUGUGUGCUGAAGGGUGAGCAAGAUCAGAAAAAUGUAUGUAGUCAUGUUUUGCUUUAUUUCGAUAGAACUCCAUGUUGUACCGACUGCGCUUAAAAUACAUUUAAUCUGUAGAGGUGGUUGUCUUUAAUUGAUAGAGCAAUCGGAUGUCUUUCAGCAAUGUUCCUAUAGAUAUUUUUGUAAAAUGUGACAAAAGUUUUCCUCUUUCUAAAAGACUAUAACUCUAAAGCUGAUACUUCCUGCUCUGCCAUAGUCCCUCACCUUUGUCUCUGCAUGGCUGGUUCUUUAAAUCCGCAGUAGAAUGGAAGCAAAAUGGCUUGUUGUCAUGAUUUGAAAGAAUCAUUUUUGAAAGCAAUCUUACAUUGUGAUGUUGAACCAUACAUGUUUGAACCAGAGUAGUCUACUGUACAGCAGUAUUGAAAGGCAGUGGGUGCUGGAUAUUAUGGGAUUUCGUUCCUAUGUGGUGAAACUUUAAGAAUGCAUUUACUAAUUUAAUUUGGACUACAGCAUUUUAACAAGAUCAACAUGGCAAAUAAGUAACUUAAUUCUGUUUAUUUGUGCCUCGCUCCCAACUAAACAAAGGGAAUUUACUGCUUAUUUUGGGUAGAUUAAUAAGAUAACUAGAUCCACAGCUGGAAAUCUACUGGAAAACUAUCCAUACUUGUUUUACAUAUGGAUAGCUCCUGUUGUUAUAACUACAUUAUUUGAGCCUUACAUAUUAUGAAACUAGACUGUGGAAUUAACUAUUGAGAAUCGCAGCCAGCAUUAUUCUUUGUAAUGUAUUAACUAACGCAAAUUCAGUUACGUUUUGUCUGUAAAGUUAGUACAAAAAACAGUGGCAUCCAGUGGUGUCAGACCGGGGUAAAAUAGUUACUAAGUAUAUAGGGCCCUAAAGUAUGUAGGGGCCCUCAAAUUUUUUUUUAAUCUUGAAUAAAGAGGGGAAGGGCCCUCUGAGACCGCUUGUGUACAAGGCCCAGAAUUUCAUGGUACGCCCCUGGUGGCAUCCUUCACAGAAAACCAGAUUUUGCGGAAAGUUCAGAGAGCAGGAGGUCUUAGCUAUUUACUGAUAAAUGUGUUAAGAUUAGUGUUUUUGCCAACUGUAGCUAGAUAUAAGGCGUGGGUAUGGAGGUUCUUACUUGUCUCCCUAAGACAGGCAGGCUUCGCUUUGUCCAACUAUGAGAUAUAGUAAGGUUUCCAUAUUCGUCAUUAUUCCCUUUAAGUCUAAAACAAGUAUACAAAUAAUUUAAUUUGAAAAAGACAAUAAAACGAAAUUAAUUUACAUCAGUGACAUACAAUUGGAACAUGCAAACGGUAAAAAAGUAAAAGGAUUUUAACAGUGGAAAUGUUUAAAAUGGCAAAGGUAUUAUUAUUUCAUACUUUUAUUGGCUUCUAAAAAUUCUGAUAAGUUGAAGAUCUCAGACAUUAAAAAAAACAAUUACAGAUGAAAGUCAAUGCCAUAGCUUUUUACAUUAAUCUGAAUAUUGCUAUCUUGUAGAACCACAGCAAAGCCUGCAGUCAGCCUA